AUGAAAGGCGGUGUUCUUGCCGUGAUUUCCAUCCUAGCCGUUUUCUCAUUAGUCGUCCAACCGGGCCAGGCCGUGACCUGUGGCCAGGUGGACUCGGCCCUGGCGCCGUGCAUUGGUUACCUUCUUGGGACUGUGGGCAGCCCAUCUCAACAGUGUUGUGCUGGCGUUCGGGCCGUAAAGGCUAUGGCCAAAACGACUGCCGACAAGCGGACUAGUUGCAACUGUGUCAAGGCUGCUGCCAACCGGUACCCCAACCUUAAGGACUCGGCAGCCCAGAGUUUGCCGACAAGGUGUGGUGUCCGGCUGGAUAUUGUAGUUUCGCGAAACGUGGACUGUAGCAAGAUCAAAUGA